AUAUUCAGUGUGAGAAGCUUGUUUUCUUGGGUGAGCAGAGGAGGAUGCUAUAAUCCAGCCUCCCCCUCUUCCUCCUCUUCCUCCCUUCCUCCUCCUCCUCCUCCUCCUUCUCCCACAGCACGUAGUCUGGUUGAUUUCACUUUUCAUUUCACACACACACACCCCUCCUCUCUGCUUGAUCCACCCUGCCUGCCAUCCAACCAGGAGACUCCCCAUCCAUCCGUCCAUCCAUCCCAGCACACUGCGCUGCAACACGGCGUUGUAAACACCACCGCGUCUCCAGCUUGCACAUAGGAUAUUGUCGGAUUUUUUUUUUUUUUUUUGUUUACACAAAUAGGUUUUGCAAAAAUACACCGAGGAGAUGUUUGGUCGUGUCUGAUGAUUUUUGCACUUGAGAAUAAGGAUGACAAAAGCAGGCACGCUCCGGCUGUGUUGAGACAGGCGCUGGAUUAAAAAAGGUGAACUACAGGCCGCACACACAGGACUGGACCACAAACAGAGGCUUUCGUUUCGGCUGUCAGCAUGGCUGUGAACAUGAUGCCAGCUCCCGCCAUUUGGCCAGGGGAGGAACAACCGUCGCUGCUGGACCAGGAGGACUCUCUGUCGAGCCAAGCCCCCGUCUCUGUGCCAUGCCUGCCAGUCAUAGGUGAACCACUCAUCCACAGCAGCAGCAGCAGCCCGGUCGACACACGGCCGCCCCGCAGCAAAUCCAAAGACGAGCUAGUCAUAGUCAUCAACGAGAAGCUGCAGAAUAGUAACGGGAUCCAUCCGGUGUCCGACGCAGACAGCACCUCUUCAGUCAUCUGCUCUCCUCCGAGAAGACAACACUCCAUCUCUUACCCCCACCACACCAAGACCAGGAAGGGGAGCAGGGCGAGCUCCAUCGGCUACACCGCCUUCUCCCCCAGGCCGUCGAUCUCUCGCCACUCCAGCAUCGCCACCAACCCGCCCUUGGACCGCACCAAGGUCAAAGACUACCUCCUCCUGUCCGUGCUGGCCUGCUUCUGCCCCGUGUGGCCCAUCAACAUCGUGGGAUUUGUCUACUCCAUCAUGUCCAAGAACAGCCUCGAGCAGGGGAACUUGGACGGCGCCGUGCGUCUGGGACGCGUGGCCAAGAUGCUCUCCGUGGUGUCACUAGUAGGAGGGACGAUCAUUAUCAUCGCCUGCAUUGUCAACCUGGCCAUAAAUGUGAAAACCUGAGUUUCAUCCCAGGAUGAAACUGGAUAAGGCAACUGACCGUCUGGCCCCGCACCUGCACCACCGUCUUUACCGCCUAGUCAUUACCUGGAUGUGUGACAAAUAAUGCACCCGAUAUACAGUGCUUACUUGUAUUUCUGUAAUCUAUAUAAAUACCUUUUUGCUAAUGGAAGGAAAUAUGCAAACUGCUCUGAGUCAGGAGGGGAGGGGGUGUUGUUGUUUGUUAGAUGGAGACAGGAGUAGACAGUCUAAUCAGCCUCUUCGUAUUCCGGUCAACACAUUCAGAACGAUUCUCGAGAAAUCCCAUCAAUCAACCGCAGAAGUGAUUCAGACGAGGUGGACUAUAAGUGGAGGUGGUCACAGAACUUGAAACAGAGAAGGUCUGACCUCCCAGCUUCAGCGCAACAAAAUGUCCACCCAAAGUCCAUCCUAUCACAGCACCGCCCAACAACAGGACGCAUCCGAGUUUCAGCUUUGCCCUUAAAUCCCCUCGCAUACGUGGAGAGACUCUGGGAUUUGUUUUUUUGCAUUGGAAUCGCAGAGCAGAAAUUCACCCUUGCAGAGAAGAAACACUUUGAAUCUCAGUGUCUCCUCUGUGUUUCCGACUCUCCUCUCCGUGGAUCUCAUGACUCCCGCCCAUACAUCUUGUGUUUGAGCGUACGGGUGGCAAAAGAGGAUGAAAAAGAGGCUUACCAAGGACUAGCUACGGGUGCUAAACUGGAAGGGAUUAUGGAAAGUCUCACACAGAAGGCACAGUCAUCACUGCAAGGAAAAAUAUGUGCCAAAAAAAAAAAGUUUCUUGCUUUGUAAAAACCCAACUCUGAUCACAGAAUUGUUGUAGAAAGUGUUUUUACUCUGCUGCAACUUUCCUGUUUUAUCCGCUUGACACCACUGACCACUGUGAGCCGGGGGAGGGGUACAGUACAAUGUUCACAAAAACAAAAACACUGUAGCAAGACAUUCCUUUUACAGUUGAAGCUAAUUAUGCUACAUCAUCUAAAUCUUUUGAUAAUGUUUGUAAAAGAUUUUGAAACUGAAUUUCAUAGUGUGAUGCUCUUGGAGUGCUGUGCCGCAGUUGACAGAUGAUAUUGUGUAUAUGGGCAUCACUAUUUGGUUAACAAAUGAAAUCGCUCAGUCAAAGUUGGUGGCUGUAGCCUCAGUCUGCAUCCACAGGUAGCCUGUACUUUCAAACCAAACAGAUUGUGGCUUUUUUUGUCCCUUUGAAAAACCCUUAAAACAGCAAUUAACACCUUCAUUAUUUGUUGUCACACACAGUAGGAUGCUGUCUUUUGAAUUUGUAAAACACUGGUUCAGACAUGGUUUUAUGGGUGUGAGAAAUAGCAAUACUGUGGAGUACUACUUUUAAAAUCUGAUUUAUUAUUAUUAUCAUUAUUAUUAUUAUUAUUAUAUCUCCUGUGUAUCCUUAACUAACCUCUAAUCUUAAUCUACCUGCGAUUCUCACUGUGAUCUGAAACAACUGGGUUUAAAACUCUCCUUAUUUACUACAUCCUGGAGUUUUAAUCAUGUCAUGGGUUCACACCUGCAGACAAUUUUCUGUGCUGAUUAAAUAUGGCAGUUUUUUUUCCCUCUGUUAGCACUUAAUAUGUAAAUUUAAUUGUAAUCAAAAGUUGAUGUAUUCUGCAGCUCUAAAUCUCAAUAUUGUGAUAAUUCUCUAGUUAAUAUAUAUGAGUUAGCAUUAAGUAGUUAUGAUCUAACAUAUAGGCACAGAAUCUGACAGGUCAUUGUGUUUCCACCGGGCUUCUAUAAUCUUUGUGGUUAUUGGCAUGUUGUGGAUUUUUAAUUAAUGUAUAAUGAUGAUAAAAGUUGAAAAUUACUAAAGAUAAACUGACACUUGGAAUAUUAUACUUCUGCAGCACAUUCAUAAUAAAGACACAAUGCAUGCGA